AUGAAAAGCCUUUUAGAUUUCAUAAAAAGUCGUCCUGAGGGAGUAGUUGAAGAGGAGCUUUCUUUAGAGUUUCCGGAUAUGUCCAAGGCCGAUAUUGCAAAGGAGUUAAAUAAUUAUCUUAAGUGCCAGGAGAUCAGUCUGUUUAGAGACAAAGGCGUUCUGUAUUACAAACCAUCACCAGUUAAUGUGGAUGACUACGAACUUAUGAUAUACAACUUGGUAAAUCAGAGUGGAAGUGAAGGUGUCUGGCUAAAGGUGAUAAAAGAUAAAACCAAUAUGCCGCAUAACUUGGUUGGAAAGGUCCUCAGGAACAUGGAAACAAAGAGAAUCAUCAAGUCUGUUAAAUGCCUUAAGAAUAACAGAAAAGUGUAUGUUUUGUAUGAUCAAGUUCCUUCUGAAGAGAUUACUGGAGGCAUGUGGUUUCAAGAUAACGAUGUGGACGUGGAGUGUGUAACUAAGAUUCUCGAGAUUAUACUGUUAUUUCUGGAAAAAAGACUGGGUGAUAGAUUGGAGCUUCCCGAGUACGAAGAGAAUCCUAAACUUGAGGAAAUAAUGAAUUAUGUUAAGGACUUGGGCAUCCUGUCUGUUCCCCUAAGGCUUGAAGAUCUUGAGACAUUGGUAGAUAUACUUGUAUUUGAUGGGAGGGUAGAGAAACUCCAUUCGGGGCCUAUAGUCAGAUAUAGAGCCCUUAGACCAUAUGGAAAGUAA